AUGAAACUAGCAUUGGCCCUAUCAGCUCUAUUGAUGCUGGUGUACACCGUUUUGAUAGACGGUCUAAACUACACGACGAGCAGCACAAGCAGCAGCAGUGGACCGAAGAUCUGUGUUCUCUCAGAUUGCAACUAUUUCUCUACGAGCAAUGUGUGCGGUCGCUAUGGAAGUUCCAAUCUCUGCAAGCGCUUCAACAACAGCUGUUUACUCCGCUACGAGGGAUGCGUCAGUUCUGUAGCCUACACGACUGUUUCUCUCUCCAUGUGCUCCGGGAUAUCAGUUGGCACUCGCAGACGAUGCGCAUCAUCACUGAGAGAAAAGGACUUUGAUAACGAAUACUGA